CCUCCUUCUUCCGACCUUUGAAUAAAUCAUCUUCUCUGCUCAUCGACCGACAUUUAAUUCCCGUCAAUUUCUAUCAAAAAUAAAAAAAUUGCAGAGAAGGCAAAAGGUGCUUUAUUACAAGAAAGCCCCACACUCUGUUCUUCUUCUUCGUCUCCCACAAUAAUCAUCGUCUUAUUAUGGGAUGGAUUCGAAUCCAGUAAGUAACUUCUCUUCGAUUUCAAUGUUCUAAGAACACCCAUUCAAGAAAUUAAGAAUGGGAGAAGAUUCGGGUACCAAAUCCCUCCAUUUUCUGUUUUCUGCAACUGCUUUAGUACUGUUUCUUGCAUCAUCGUUUUGCGACGCGCAAUUGUCUCCAAGGGAGAGCAGAAUCCUCUUCCAGGCCCAGAAGAUUCUAGAAUAUUCUCCCCCAAUUCAGUCAUGGAAUCGCUGGACGAACUUCUGUUCCCUCCCGCCAUCUCCUUCUCUUACAGUGAUUUGCUCCGACAAUCACAUCGUCGAGCUCUCCAUAGUCGGGAACAAAACCUCUCCUUCUAGAACCUUCCCUAAGCCCACCCCUUCGAACUUCGUCGUCUCAAACCAAACCCUCUCCGGCAAUUUCUCCAUCGAAUCGUUCUUCACUGUCCUAACCAAGCUGUCAGCAAUGGAGAAGCUGUCGUUAGUCAAUCUCGGGCUGUGGGGCCCACUCCCUGGAAAAAUCAACAGGUUUAGAUCCCUGAAAACCCUCAAUUUGAGCUCCAACUUCAUCCAUGGCGAAAUCCCUAAAUCGAUUACCUCGUACCAGGCCCUGACGAGCCUUGUCCUGACCGAUAAUCUCUUCAAUGGAAGUGCCCCCGAUUUCGGGGGGAUGUUACUGCUGCAAGAACUCGAUCUGAGUAACAACUAUUUGGGCCCUGAUUUCCCCAAUUUGGGCAAAAAUCUCGCCGACAUAAACCUCGGAAACAACUCCCUGAGAUCCGAAAUCCCUCCUUCUUUGAAAGAUUUAAGCAAUCUUCACUCCAUCGACGUCUCCGGGAACAAGCUCGCCGGACCGGCGCCGGGAUUUCUCCUCUCCUUGCCGGCGAUUCGUUACGUCAGCAUUGCUAGAAAUCAGUUGACCGGAGCAUUCGCAAGGAAUUUGGUAUGUGGCAAGAAUCUUACAUUUGUGGAUAUCUCCGGCAACUUGUUGAUCGGACAGCUCCCCGAUUGCCUGAACGUCGGGAACAAGACGGUUGUAAUAAUGCUGAAUUGUUUGUCCAACACGACCUCUAAGUACCAACGGCCGCUAACUUAUUGCCAGCGCGAUGCCAUCGCGGUUAAGCCUCCGGCAAAGACGAAGCCCAAGGAGGCGGCGGCGUCGACUUUGAGGCUCGGCAUUGUGCUCGGUGUAAUCGGCGCCGUCGUGGCGGUGUUGGCUGUCGUCGGGUUCUUGAUUAUUGUUGUAUAUAGAAGAGUGCGGCGGAGGAAGUAUGGUAGUGACUAUAAAUGCGAUAGCUUUGUGAUUGAUAAGAAUGCGAGCGCAAUCCACCACGGCUCGCCCCUCGGACGGCAUGUGCCUCCGCCGAUGAGGAUGACGUCGAUUGGAUUGCCUCCGUACAGCAUUUUCACGUUGGAAGAGAUCGAGGACGCGACCAAUGGCUUCGAUCCGGCUAAUCUAGUGGCCGAAGGAUCGCAGGGUCAGCUAUACAAAGGGUGGCUAAGAGACGGAUCGGUGGUCCUCGUCAAGUGUCUGAAACUGAAGCAGAAGCAUUCGUCACAGGCGCUGCAGCAGCACAUGGACGUUAUAUCAAAGCUAAGGCACCGGAAUUUGGUCAGCGUCCUCGGCCACUGCAUCGUCACGUAUCAGGACCAUCCCAACACGGCGAGCGCCGUCUUUAUUGUCCUCGAGAACAUUACUAACGGAUCAUUAAGAGAUCACCUAACGGAUUGGCGUAAGCGAGAAUUCUUGAAAUGGCCGCAGAGGAUGGCGAUCGCUGUCGGAAUAGCGCGCGGGAUUCAGUACCUCCACACGGCCGUCGUCCUCGGGAACGACUUGAAAAUCGACAACAUCUUGUUGGAUGAUAGCCUCACGGCAAAAAUAAGUAGCUAUAAUAUAAAUUUACCGGCUAAGGUCGGAGCCGAAAGCCCUCUUCAUGGACACGAUGGCUUGUCGAAUAACUCAAAUAGUGAAAAUCCCGACAAGGAAGACAUAUAUGGGCUCGGAGUGAUUUUAAUAGAGAUCCUUACGGGGCAACCCGUUAACUCGAGGAGUGAAGUGGACGACGUUAAAUUUCAGCUGGAGAGGAGUUUGGCGGAGUCGCCGUCGAGGCUACGGGAGAUGAUCGACCCGUCGAUGCGGGGGACGUUUGCGUACGAGUCGCUGAAAACGGUGGCCCAGAUCACGAUAAAUUGCGUGUGCUUGGAGGCGGCGGGGCGACCGACGGUGGAGGAUGUGCUGUGGCAUAUGCAGUACGCAGUUCAGGUGCAGGAAGGGUGGACAAGCAGCGGGAAUCUAAGCGGGAAUCUUAGCGGGAACCUUAGCAACAGCAGGAUCAUGUAAUAAUCAAAAUAUACCUAGAAACAUACGUACAUACAUACAUACGUACGUACGGACGUACAUACUGCUUGUCUAUGUAUGUAUUUGCUGUGCGAAUGUGUGUUGUGGUCUGAACACACCUUGUCUCGUAGCAAGUUUGAUGGUAUUUCAUUUUUGUAGGAUUUUUUUGUCG